AAAGAAAGAAAGAAAGCAAACGAGCCUUUCCUAUCAAAACCCCAAAUUUGAAAUUUUCAUUUUCCCGGCAGACAUCCAAAAUCCCUCGCAGAGCAUCCAUGGAAGACGACUCGUUCCAACAUCUUCAUCUCGAAUCUGUGAGUUUCCCGGUGAAAGGAAUGGAAUCGGUCAUAGCUACGGUGACUGGAUAUCAAGGCUCCGAGAGAUUCAACCUCAUAAAGCUGAUUUCUCACGCCGGCGCCAGUUAUGUUGGAAAUAUGAACCCUUCUGUUACGCAUUUGGUGUGCCGGAAAUUUGAAGGAAGGAAGUAUGAGAUUGCAAAGAAGUUGAACAUGGUGAUAGUUAACCAUAGGUGGAUUGAGGAAUGUGUGAAGAAGGGAAGGCGUGUGUUGGAGAGACCUUACACCUUUCGGAGUGGGAAAGAAGUGGGACCUCUGCUAUUGGAGCCCCCAGCUGGUAUUAGUUUAGCUAAGUCCCAGUCUGAAGCAUUGAAGAAAUCUAAACAACCUGUGUUUGAUAUUGACUGUGAAGACACCAGUAAUGCUGCUUGGGUGACUCCAAUUCUUGCUGAUGAGCUCGAGGAAAGAGGCACUUCCAAGGCUGCAAAUUCUUCUGGAGUAAAAAAACGGAGUUCCACUUCACUAAAAUCUCAGGGCAAGCCUCGGAAGCUUGUUAAAAAGCAUAUCAGCAAAAAGGAUGAAUCGUUGACUUCAAGCAUAUUGGAAGACCUUGAGGAGAGAAAAGCACUAACCAGGAACAUCAGCAGCGUAAUUCUGUCUGAUAGUUCAGACUCUGAUAUUCACCGACAUUUACCUGAUAAAAGCUGUUCUAUUAGCAGGCAAGAUGACACUGAUGCCUUUGAUGAUGUUGAAGAGGUUCGGCAUGCAAAUGAUGAAAAUCAGAAUACAAGUAUCCCUAGUGCUCCAUCUUCUCCACCUCAAACUUCAGAAAAAGAUCCUGAAGCUGAUUGUGUGGAUUCUAUUGAUGUUGAUGCCGGUAAAAGAAUGGCCGCACCAAGUGAACUGUCAUGUGUUAUAUGCUGGACGGAGUUCAGUGCCACCCGUGGGGUAUUGUCAUGUGGGCAUCGAUUUUGUUUCCAUUGUAUCCAGAACUGGGCAGAUCACAUGUCUUUGAGUGGAAAGCCUUCAACUUGUCCUCUCUGCAAAGCUAGCUUCACAUGCAUAAUGAAGGAUGAUGUUUCAUCGGAUCAGAAAAUCUAUUCUCAAUCCAUUCCACAGGGCAGUACAGAAAAUCUAUAUGUUCUUCCAGAGGAGGGAUACAUUCCUUACGGCCUUCCUAACAAUGCAUCAGCACAAGUGUGUAGUGUGUGUUCCAGUCGAGAACCGGAGGAUCUUCUUGUUAAGUGCCAUUCGUGUAGGAUUCGGUGUGUUCACUGUUACUGCCUCGACCCACCAUUGUUUCCGUGGACAUGCGUUGCUUGCAAGGAACCGCGUAUACUUCGCUUUAUUCAUGACCGUUAGCACAAUCCUCUCUUGAGUUUGUAAAAUAAUCAUAAGGUGGGAAAUUUCUAUUUCAUGGGAUAAUUGGAGAAUUUAAAAGUUCUCAAUAUUUUGUUAUUGUGAUUGUACUUGGACUUCACCACAUCAGGUGGUCAUUCUUAAUUCUCUAAGGUUUAAACAAUUUUGUAUAAACGUUUACACUUGCGCUUGGCACAAUGCUGUUAAGAAACCGAAUGUGUUUGUGAACUUCGUAUUUGGCAAGAGCUUGUUCACUUGUUAAUCGAGUCGUAUUCGAAUAGAG